AUGACCAAGCUAGUUGACCGUGGUGCGCAAUUCUCCGCGCUUGGCGUUGGAAUACCAAGACAACAUGAACCCGGGGGCAACGACCUUCGGUUAGGGAUCAGCCCGUAUGGAGAGACCUCUCACUUCGCAGACUUCAAUCUCAUUGCCGCGUGUCAAGACAUUGCCCCCGCAAAGAAGUCCCAGUUGAUUGCCAAAGUCUCUGGAUACGCAGCUGCGCUAGGAAGCCGCUACGGAGGGCACUUCGGUUCACAUGGAUACACAGCUAUCGACUCCAGGAAUUUUACGUUCACCUAUCGCACUCCAGACAUUAUCGAUUCCGCAGCAAGAGAUACUCCGCACGGAUUUUUCAGCCGCACCUCAACAGGAAGUGUGCGAAUUCCCCCAAGUAUCUCUGAAAACCCAGCGCACACUCUCUUUUCAUCUAUAGGCGAACAGAGCGCAUCCCCAAAUGGAUACAUGGCGAAUAGCAGGGCGCAUUUGGGUACACAGAGAGACAUAUACGUGGGAGCAGAUCCGCAUCAACCAGUCUCCAUCCCGCAUUUCAGUGAUACCCAGCUCCACUUUGAUCACAAUGUGGAUAUGGGCAUGAGAGUGGCAACACAGAAUGGUCACGGUGCUUUCUUUCGAUACAUGCGACAGCCCUCUAAGCAGGACGUCACUUGUAAAUGGAUAGAUGAGAAUCAGACGAAUCAACCCCAAAAAACGUGCGGCAACAUGUUUUGCUCCAUGUUCGAGCUGGUUACGCACGUCUCCAUGGAUCACGUCGGCGGUCCAGAACAGGGUCUGCAUACUUGCUUUUGGGAGGAUUGUCCGAGAUUAGGCAAAUCUUUUAAAGCAAAGUAUAAAUUAGUCAACCACAUUCGUGUACACACUGGAGAAAAGCCAUUCAAUUGUCCGUUUCAUGGCUGUGGAAAAAUGUUUGCCAGGUCGGAAAACUUGAAAAUACAUAAAAGGAUUCAUACAGGUAAUGAGCCUGCCAUACAUGCUAUCAAACCAACCGGCCUAACACACAAUAUUUCAUGUUUUAUUUAAACAUGGUUGAAGUUACAAUGCUCUCUGCUUAAGACUGCUAUGGGUCCAACUUUGGCCAAUUACACGUCAAUAGGCCUAUCCAAAUGCAAUUUUGACGCACAACACAUUACAAUUUGUGAACUUCAUUUCUAUGUUAAAAUUAGGCUACACAUUUUCUUUGGCAGGUGAGAAGCCCUUCAAAUGCGAAUUCGAAGGCUGCGACAGGCGGUUCGCAAAUAGCAGCGACCGAAAAAAACACAUGCACGUUCAUACCUCAGACAAGCCAUACAUCUGCAAGGUAUGCAACAAGGCCUACACUCAUCCCAGCUCUCUGAGGAAACACUCGAAGGUAAGCCAUAUUUUCUGGAGAAUGAAUGCAAAGGUACCGGUAACUGCCUAAAUACAGGAAACACCAACCUAGUGUAAAUAGGGCGUUAGGCCACCGCGAGCCAGAACAGCUUACAUUACCCUAAGCAUGAUGAGAUGAAAAUUGCUUAAUUAACUCAGGAACCACACCUGUGUGGAAGCAACUGCUUUCAAUAUACUUUUUAUCCCUCAUUUACUCAAGUGUUUCCUUUAUUUUGGCAGUUACCUAUAGGCAUAUGACCUAGAAAUCACCUUUCUGCGUUGUUAUUUAUAUAAUUAAAAAAAACACACAACAGAUUACAAAAACAACUGAAGGACUACAUAGGCGGUUUAAUUUUUGGGGGGGAUCAAUCAAAAAAUACAGUUUUAAAUUAUCAAAUGUACAAUAAAUGUUCUCACUUAGCAGGUUCACAAAUCUCAAACCUCGGGGAACUCUCCAACGGGAACUUCUGGAUAUGAGUCGUCCACGCCACCAGCUCCGUGUAGACCUACAUCCUCAACCACCGAAGACUCGACAAAAACAUCCAUGCUGCUGGUCAAGUCAAUAUUUAAAGAGGAUCUCUCAACCAAAUUGGUUGAAUGGUACGUUUGA